AUGGUCAAGCUUCCUGAGCACCAUGUAUUGAACUACUUUUAUGACAAUGACGGCGGAUGUGCGCUGACGACGUUGGUGCAUCACGAGCGGUAUCAUGUCAUCGUGGAUCCAAAGGACUUGAAAGAUCGAUCAAAGGCCGGCAAGAAAAUCAGAGAGCGAUACCAGCGAUUGUUGCAGCAAGUCCAAGCUGAAGCUUCUGGCGAAGAUGCCACACAUCAGACUGCUCCGCUUUUCGUCCAGGAAGACGAGGACGAAGAGGACGCAUCCGACGACAAGGACAGCGGUGUCGACGUGAGCAGUCGGUCAGCGAGCACUGACGCAAGCGAGGACGAGAAUGAGCACGAUGUCGGCCCGCCGGAAGCGCUACAAAGAUGGAUGCUUCGACCUCUGGCCUCGACAUUCAAGUCCAAUGCACCCAAGCAGAAGGCCGCAAAGAAGCAUCGAACAGUUCAGGAGUGGUUCCAUUGCCCUACGCACUAUUACCACCUCACAAUCUCUUCGGGCAAGCUCUCUGCCGUCGAAGACUCUGCUUCCGAAUCCUUGACCAAGCGAACUGAUCAGCUCAUCCCGACCAUCAACCUUCCCAAAUAUAUUCAGAAACUCAACGUGCCCUCGUUCGCUGCGUCCGAAAUCACUGUCAUCGAUGAAGCAGAAGGCCCUGCAGAAACCCCAAUACACCCUACACUGGUCGAACACGACGGAAAACGAUAUUUUCUCAAGGCAGUCGACAAUGCACAACCCGGCCCCACAAAGCGCGAGAUUCAGAUAAUGAAGAAGUUGGAAGCCGAAGGUCUCCAGAACGAGCUUCGCGUGCCGCUGCUACGAGGUCUGGUGCACUUCGAUGACGAUAACAGUAAAUCGAAAAUGAUGGGGUUCCUCAUGGACUGUAUCGAAGAUGCUACUCCACUGACGAAGAUGCUGAGCACCGAAGUUCCAGAGGAUAAACGAAAUUCCUGGGCGCAAGAAUCAGCGCGAAUGGUAGACCUGCUGCAUCAGCAUGACAUUAUCUGGGGUGACAGCAAAGGUGAUAACUUCAUGGUGGACAAGAAUGACGAUCUGUGGAUCAUCGAUUUUGGAGGUUCGUACACGGAAGGAUGGGUCGAUCCUGAAUUGAAGGACUCCGAGGAAGGUGACAACCAAGGAGUGCGGAGGUUGGUCAAUGGGCUCAGGGAUCCGGAGAACAAUACUGUUGGUGAUGAUGAUGAAGAAUGUAAUAAUGAAAGCGAGGAGGUUGCGAAGAUGCAGCAUCAAGACGAGCAUCCUCACUCAUUGAAGCGGAAGCAUAAGAAGUCUGAGGAGGAAGAGCAGGAGGAGGCGAAUGACAGGGCGGCGAAACAGCAAAAGAGGUCUGGGGAUAAGGUUGAUGAGGAUAAGAUACCGUUUGAAGAGGGCAAGACUGUGGAAAGUAAUGUUGCUGAUGAUGAUAAUGAAGAUAUCGAGAUGGAAGAAGGAGAUGACGCAGAAGAGGAGGAUGAUGGAGCUCAAGAGUCGACCCAGGAGCAGAAAACGACGUAUUGCUAUUGCAAUGGACCCGAUUCCGGAAGAAUGCUUGCCUGUGACGGGGAGCAGUGCAAGAAAGAAUGGUUCCAUUUUGAAUGUCUGGGUUUCGAAGAAGCCCCGGAAUCAAAGAAAUGGUAUUGCGACGACUGCUUAAUCGUGGAGGAAUGGAAGUCGAUGCAUUUCAAUGUUGACCGGAAUUGA